AUGUAUCAGCGCGCUCUUCUCUUCUCUGCUGCCCUUUUGUCCGUUUCCCGGGCCCAGCAGGCAGGCACCCUGCAGGAGGAAGUUCACCCACCCUUGACAUGGCAAAGAUGUGAAGCCAGCGGAACGUGUACUGAGGUCUCGGGUUCCGUUGUGCUCGACUCCAACUGGCGUUGGACUCACGGAGUUGACGACUCCACCAACUGCUACACUGGCAAUGAGUGGGACGCGACGCUUUGCCCCGACAAUGAGUCGUGCGCUACGGCCUGCGCGGUUGAUGGUGCUGACUACGAGGCUACCUACGGUAUCACGUCCACUGGUGACGCAUUGACCCUGAAAUUCGUCACUGGUGAGAACGUUGGCUCUCGUGUGUACCUUAUGGAGGACGAUGAGACAUACCAGACCUUCGACCUCCUCAACAAUGAGUUCACCUUUGACGUUGACGUCUCCAACCUCCCGUGCGGUCUGAACGGUGCUCUGUACUUCACAUCGAUGGACGCCGAUGGUGGCUUGGCCAAGUAUGAAAACAACAAGGCUGGUGCCAAGUAUGGAACUGGUUACUGCGACUCGCAAUGCCCGCGUGACAUCAAGUUCAUCAACGGUUUGGCCAACGUUGAAGGAUGGGAACCAUCUGACAGUGACGCCAACGCAGGUGUUGGUGGAAUGGGUUCUUGCUGUCCUGAGAUGGACAUCUGGGAAGCUAACAGCAUCUCUACUGCCUACACCCCUCACCCUUGUGAUGAUAUUGAGCAGACCAUGUGCGAGGGCGAUGCCUGUGGAGGAACCUACUCCUCUGAGCGCUAUGCUGGUACUUGCGACCCUGAUGGAUGUGAUUUCAACUCCUACCGCAUGGGCAACGAGAGCUUCUAUGGCCCUGGCGGCCUUGUGGACACCGCCAGUAAGAUAACUGUUGUGACCCAAUUCAUUGCUGACGGUGGCUCCCUUUCCGAGAUCAAGCGCUUCUACGUCCAGGAUGGAAACGUUAUUGCCAACUCUGCCUCCAACGUUGAUGGCGUCGAAGGCAACUCGAUCACCACCGAGUUCUGCACUGCCCAGAAGACCGCCUUUGGUGAUGAGGACAUCUUCGCUGAGCACGGUGGUCUCACCGGCAUGGGUGAUGCCUCCUCGGCCAUGGUUCUCAUUCUUUCUAUUUGGGAUGACCACUACGCCAGCAUGAUGUGGCUCGACAGCUCUUACCCCGAGGAUGCCGAUCCCAGCACCCCUGGUGUUGCCCGCGGUACCUGCGAAAACGGAGCCGGCGACCCCACCAACGUUGAGUCUGAGCACGGCGACGCUUCCGUCACCUUCUCUAACAUCAAGUUCGGACCUAUUGGCUCGACCUUUGACUCCGCCGGCACUGGCUCCGGCUCCAACUCUACUGCUCGCCGCUUCUAA